AUGAGAGCUACCGUUAUCAGACUCUCGAGGGCUGCGAAGUCAAUUCCGCCCGUGAAAUUGGCGUAUAAGAACAUGUUGAAAGACCCUUCCAUCAAAUACAAACCAUUCUCCAUUGCUCCAAAGCUUACUGACAGGAAAUGGCCAGACAAUACCAUUACCAAGGCACCAAGGUGGUUGUCUACAGACUUGAGAGACGGUAACCAGUCUCUCCCGGACCCGAUGUCCAUUGAGCAGAAGAAAGAGUACUUCCACAAGCUGGUGGAGAUUGGCUUCAAAGAGAUAGAAGUCAGUUUUCCAUCUGCCUCGCAGACCGACUUCGAUUUCACAAGGUACGCUGUGGAGAAUGCUCCAGAUGAUGUUACCAUACAGUGUCUUGUGCAAUCCAGAGAACACUUGAUCAGAAGAACUGUGGAGUCGUUGACUGGUGCCAAGCGUGCCACUAUACAUACUUACUUGGCCACCAGCGACAUGUUCAGAGAGAUAGUCUUCAACAUGUCUAAGGAAGACGCUAUCGCCAAAGCCGUCGAAGCCACUAAACUGGUCAGAAGCUUGACCAAGGACGACCCUUCUCAGCAGGCUACCCGUUGGUCCUAUGAGUUCUCUCCAGAAUGUUUCAGUGAUACCCCAGUCGAAUUUGCCGUUGAAAUCUGUGAAGCAGUAAAAGCUGCCUGGGAACCAACCGAGGACAACCCUAUCAUAUUUAACCUACCUGCCACAGUCGAGGUCGCCUCUCCAAACAUCUACGCUGACCAAAUCGAAUAUUUCUGCACACACAUCACCGAAAGAGAGAAGGUGUGUGUCUCUACGCAUACCCACAACGACCGUGGCUGCGGUGUUGCCGCUACCGAACUUGGUAUAAUGGCAGGCGCUGAUCGUGUUGAAGGUUGUGUCUUCGGAAAUGGUGAACGUACUGGUAACGUUGACUUGGUAACCGUGGCAUUGAACAUGUACACGCAAGGUGUCUCUCCUAACUUGGACUUCUCCGACAUAAGGUCUGUAAUCGAGGUUGUUGAACGUUGUAACAAAUUGCCUGUCCCAGCCAGAGCACCAUACGGUGGUGACUUGGUCGUAUGUGCAUUCUCUGGUUCUCACCAGGACGCCAUCAAGAAGGGUUUCUCGGUUCAACAAAAGAAGCGUGACCAAGGCGACAUUCAAUGGAGAAUCCCAUAUUUGCCAUUGGAUCCAAAGGAUAUCGGCCGUGACUACGAAGCUGUCAUCAGAGUCAACUCUCAAUCUGGUAAGGGUGGUGCUGCUUGGGUUGUCCUAAGAGCCUUGGGCCUAGACAUGCCAAGAACCAUGCAAAUUGAGUUCUCCACCAGUGUACAAGAACACGCUGACUCUCUAGGUAGAGAACUAAAGGCCGAAGAGAUUGUCAACUUGUUUAAGGAAUCUUACAACUACAACAACGAAAUCUUCCAACAUAUCUCUUUGGUUGAUUACAACGUUGAGAAAUUCGGUGCUGAGCGCAGAAUUCUAAAUGGUCAAGUUGAAAUCAAUGGUGAAGUUGUCGACAUCAAGGGUACCGGUAACGGUCCAAUCUCUUCUUUGGUCGAUGCUUUGUCCAACUUAUUGAACAUCAAACUUGGUGUCAGCAACUAUAGUGAACACUCUUUGGGUUCAGGUUCAUCCACUCAAGCCGCUUCUUUCAUCAACUUAACUUACAGACGUGAUGAAGAUAAUGAAAAGGCUUACCAAUGGGGUGUAGGUGUGUCUGAGGAUGUUGGUGAUGCUUCUGUCAAGGCAAUCUUUGCCACUUUGAAUUCUGUAAUUCAAAAAGGUGACAUUAGUAUCCCAAAGUCUAAGAAGGCUGCCUCUGGUUCUGCUUAA